AUGCCACGACAACCCAAAAAGAAAGUGGGGAUUGGAAAGACUGAGGGGGAAACAAUGAGGGCAGCCUUAAAUGACAUUAAAAAUAAUGGACUGUCAGUGAAAGCUGCAGCAUUACGUUACAAAAUACCGAGAACCACAUUAAGAAGGUAUGUCAACAAGUUCGAAAAUGUCGAACCAGAAAAUAUUCAAGCUGGUUUAACACCUAACUAUACUGUUAACAGAAUAUUCACAUUAGAAGAAGAAUUCCAGCUAUGUAAAUAUUUACAGGUCUGUGCUAAAUUACACCACGGACUAACUCCAAGAAAUGUUAAAAAAUUAGCUUUUGAGUUAGCUACUGCUAAUCGUAAACGGGUUCCAAGGUCCUGGACGGAAAACAAAAUGGCCGGAAAGCAUUGGCUGACACAGUUUUUAAGAAGAAACCCACUAUCAAUUCGAUCGGCUGAGGCUACAUCAUUAGGACGUGCAAUGGGGUUCAACAAAGCGGUUGUACAGAAAUUUUUCAACAAUUUAAAAGAAGUUCUCGAAAAAUUUAAAUUUCGGUCAGAUAAAAUUUAUAACGUCGACGAGACUGCCCUAACGACUGUUCAGGAAACUGGAAAAGUUAUAGCUACGAAAGAACAAAAACAAGUAGGACAAAUAACUUCAGCCGAGCGAGGAACGCUAAUUACGAUGUGCGGAGCAAUCAAUGCGAAUGGAAAUAAUAUUCCACCUCUUCUCAUUUUUCCUAGGAAAUACCUUAAGGAUCAUAUGCUUAAAGGAGCGCCUAACGGGACUAUUGGAGCAGCAACGCCUUCGGGCUGGAUGACGACUGAAAUAUUCGUCCAGUGGCUGAAGCAUUUCAUAUUAUAUAGCCAUCCAACCCAAGAAUUUCCAGUGCUAUUAUUAAUGGAUAAUCACAUUAGCCAUAUUUCAAUAGAAGCUAUAAAACUAGCCCGAGAAAACAAUGUAUGUUUAUUAACAUUGCCGCCACAUACCAGCCACAAGCUACAGCCAUUGGACCGAACUGUUUAUGGACCGCUAAAGUCUUAUUACAAUAGUGCAUGUCAGUCGUGGUUGACGAAUAAUCCAGGCAAACGAAUAACAAUCUAUGACAUAUCCGAAAUAUUAGGUCAAGUGUACAACCUUGCAUUUUCAACAAGCAACUGCGUGUCUGGUUUUAAAGCAACAGGGAUCUUCCCAUUCAACGAAAACAUCUUUAUCGAUGAUGAUUUCUUAGCAUCCACUGUAACCGAUAUGCCCCCGCCUGUGCCUGUCAGAACUGAAACAAUUGAUGACGCGAUAGCAGGAACUAGCAAUGAAUCUGCUACCGAUGUGGAAAUAGCUCAUACCUUUUGCUCAGAAGAUAGAACACCUCCCAACACAAUUAUUAGUCCUGAAAUGUUACGACCCCUACCAAAAUCACAGAUUACAGAAAAGAAACACAUUCGGAAAAAGAAAACUACCCAAAUUUUGACGAGUACGCCAGUUUAUAAUGAACUUGAAGCGACCAGUAAAAAUAAAUCAAGGAAGAAAAGUUUGAAAAAAGCGCCACAAGCAAAAAGAAAAGUUAAUUUGGCAGAUACGGAGAGCAGCAUAUGCGACAAUAUUAAGAUAAAAGACAGCAUCGAUAUUUCGAGUGAUUCGACUACCGAUGACCAGAAUUUAGAUCUCACUGAUUCCGAUGAAAUUGAUUGGAUAGACGAAGCCCAGCCUAGCACUACCGAAGAUUUAGGAAACAUUGAUGUAGGAAGUUUCAUAGUGGUAAAAUUUGCCACUAAAAAACAAGUUAAAUUUUGCGUUGGCAGAGUAACUGCUAUAGAUAUAAAAUACGGCGAAUAUUGUGUCAGUUUCUUACGCAAGCGCAAGGCAUAUACAUUUUAUUAUCCAGAUGUCCCAGAUCAGACAAAUAUACCCCAUGAAGAUGUUGUAAUGCAUUUACCACCCCCAUGUUAA